AUGGCAGAACUCACCGUCGGUUACGCCGCUGGCAUAAUUGCCUUUGGGGUCGUAGUAGCGCAGCUCUUGUUACCGACAGCGCUGUCGUUAUUCCUGGUCGGGGUCCUACGCGACCAAGAAUCGGCAGCAUCAUGGACUGCGGCCGGAAAGGUUCUUCAGUCGUCGUACUGGCCAACAAUCUUGAGGUCAGACGCGACGCAUAACCAUGGCGUCAGGAAACCGAUAAUGUUCGCAGUACUUGCUAUCCCCCUUAUAGCGAUUCUGACCGCCGUUGCCGGUGUCGUCACUCCUCUUGGACUUUACGACGACUUGAUGGCAUAUAAAGAGGUUGUCGGGAGUUUCGAGUACGUCUCGGACCCGAGCGUGUACUUUGAUGGGACGAGCCCGCGGAAAAAUCUACCAUUUUCUAGGACCUGUAUGUUCAUGGCCAACACCGGGGUUUGUCCUUUUACCGAUGAUAGUGUUGUCUACAGCAGAAACAGCUCAACAAUCAGCUUCGAUUUUCCCAACGGCGUCCACACAGAUAUUCCCUUGGUCCUGCGAGAGGUCUAUUCAAGUGGGACAAAGAUGGCCACGACGGUCUCCAACUUUUUCGACAUUGAGUGGCGGCAACUUACAAUGAGGACUCAGGAGGUACUGAAUAACGGCACCGAGUACCCCGUGGGAAUUUUUCGCCAACUGGACAGCAUACUUCUCUGGGAUUCUUACAAAGCGGUUGAGGGACUGGUUGUUAACGGAAAGGAGGGUGGCAUCGGCUUCCGCAACCACACCAUCCCGACCGGCCUCGCAAGAGGUGCAAGCUGGAAGGAAGAUCUGCUUUUCGUCGAGCCAGUCACGGCCUGUGUUGAUACCAAUCUCACAUUUGAUUUCACCAUUUCGUCGGCGAUCACCUUCAACACGAGCAACUUCAUAGACUUUCGGUUAACCGAUCGUGGUGGGUUCGUCAACUUGGUUCAUGAGUAUCCCUACUACGACCUCUCCAAUCCACAGAAGAACCCGGAUGUUUGGGGUCGAGCAUACAAGGCGGCGGUGAUCAACAAUUUUUACACCAUGCUCUACCUCAACGUUACGAGCCCAUCAAAUGAGACCCUGGGUACGAAGGCCUUCGCGUACGUGAAUUCGGAGCUCGGCAAAUCUUUCGACCUACCAGCACCCACUUCACUCUCUUUUGACUCCCUCGGUAUAGAUAUAUCUAUUCGCUACGGUGACUAUCUCUUUGAUUCACUUAAACCUGCCUCUGACAACUACCCCAAUCCAUGGAAUAUCACUGCGGAUGACUACUUCGAUUAUAUCCCACUGAUUUGCGCGGGUGCCGGAUCGGGAGAUAUUGCGAACAUUACCAACAUCCACGUGGCAUGCGGCUUAAUGAGAGGGAUUCCCAUUCGCACCGAUGGCGGACCAAAGGCCAUAUUCGAAGAUAACAGCACGUGGUCUAUGCCGUUGUAUUCAUGCGCAACGGCCUCACGAGCCAGCAUUAAAACAGUCGACUUUUCCGUCACAGGUGCUGGUGGACUGGACUCUCUACAAGUAAAUUCUAUCGAUCCGAAGGAAUAUGCAAGCGAAGACGACUACCCGAUAUGGGGAACCGAGGACUCAGGCUUGCGAAUGACCGAGAUCCCGAUGAUCUGGGGCAUCUUAUCGCCCGAGUACACGGGGUAUCCGAACGUCUCGACCAUUAAGCAGCCGUCGUUCUACCUUCCUGGAUACGCGAGCAAUGGCAUACAGCGAUCCUCCUUCACAAGGUCGCCUGUUGUCCUGUAUCAGAACCUGCCAGGCCACGACUUCGCCGUCGACGUGGGAAACACGGUCUACGGCAGCGGCAUUAGCGGCCUCGGGGACAGCUGGCCCAUUGACGUUCUCGGCAGAGGCAAUCUUGGUGUUUUCGCCCGGUGGUCCGAUUUAUUGAGAAAUUCCAAUGCCAACACUAUUAUUGAUUUGAUAUGGACUGAUCUUGCCGCAUCUGCUGUCGUGGGAACGAAAGGCACCCUGGGACCCGGGAAUAACGCCGCUGAAGCCGCCGAAGCACCGGUAAUCAUGAUCCAGCCAAUAGUUAGACGGGUGAGGUACCACCUGCCUUUCGGCAUCCCAGCUUUCAUCCUCUUGCUCGCCGUUAUUCUGCCUUCUGCGCUUGCGGAUCCAGCAGCUCUCUAUCGGUAG